CUAUUAAAUUAGUGAUUAUACCGAAUUUUCGAAUGCGCGCGCCGCGCAAGACAUCUUUUUCGUAUAUUUGUCGCGUCUGCGUAGCACCGCCCGUCGACACCGCCGGCCCGCCGUGUAGCUGUUCGCCCGACGGUUCCGUUGAUUUCUAUUUUAGUAUUUUCUUCGGCUGCGUUUCCCUGCGAUAUCCGCGUUCCGCUUCGCUCGCUCCGUGGUUUCCGUUGUUACCGACGACGUCGACCGCGAUAUUAAUAGGUAUUUAAUGUGUUGUGACGGUCGACGCUCAGUCGUUUUUUCGCCGUUUUUUCAUUUUCUCCAGAAGCAACUGCCGCUGUCACUGAUAGUUUGGUCGGAAAACGCAUUUUGCUCCAUCCCGAUCCCCUUAUCACCGAUCGUCUAGAGACCGUCGACGGACACGUCAAAAAUGACUUCCAACAUCGGCGUUACGCCAAGCAAAGAGAUAAGUGUUAAAAAUGAAAAUGAUGAUGCUGAAAUCAAUGCUAUGGCUCUUAAAUUAAAAGAGAGUUAUCGAAAAAAUGCUGUAGCCACAACAAAACAACUGAGUGCUUCUCCGGCUAAGGUUUAUGCAAAUAGAGCCAAUAGAACAGUAACUUUGGCUAUUAAACCAAUCACAACUAAUAAUACACAAAAAAAAAGUCAAGAAGAAUUAACUAAUGAUUGUGAAGAUGCAGAAAGUAGAAAAGCUAGAUUUUCUUGGAAAUCAAUCGCAGGAUUCCAUGUACCAUAUAUCAUACGUUUGAUUAAUGGUGAACAUUUGAAGUUUGUAUCGACACGGAUGGCUGAAACUCAACUACUAUGCAAUUAUUUACAUUAUUUACAUUCAGAUAUUUAUAAGUCAUGCACAUCAGUGAAGUGUCAUUUUAUCACUGAUUCAGAAGCAAAGUUAUUAAAUGACAUCAAUCUUAACCAUACUAAUUGUGUGUAUGGAAAAGAAAUGUUCUUUGCAGGAAAAGAUUUUAUUGCCCGUUUAGAAGAUGUUCAUGAGUUUUAUAAAUUCAUAGAAGUAUGCUAUAAAAAAUUACUGUGCAAUAUCACUCCAGAUCACAAUGAAAUAUGUGGUUUUAUACGUAUUAACUCUGAAUCUGUUGUACCCUAUUGUAUUAAUGAUAGCCAAAAAUAUGUUCCACUAUUCUACUUUGAAGGCGAAACAGAAAACCUAACAAAUCUAAGUAUAAAGUUGGAAAAUUGGAAGUUAGCCUAUCUCAAGUUCUGUUGUAAAGUUCAGGGUAUCAGAGAUGAGUUAUUUGAUAGUGACUCUUGUACAGUGACCCGCCUUGAUGAUAUCAAGCAUUAUUUUCUAUCAGAUACACAUUUUGAAGAAUAUUGGCCAGCUAAGGUGGUUGAUACAUAUCUUCUAACUAAUGAGAAGUCUACCCAUGUCAGACCAUCUGGUGCCUGGAUCAGAGCCCCCCCUGAAGUAGUACCUACUGAAAACACAAUUCCUCACACUUUAACAGCACCAGCACCAGUUAUACCACAGAGUAUGCCAAUGAUUAUGAACACCUAUCAAAACGGAUGCCCAGAAAAUCAAAUGGUUAAUUCACAUAGCACUGAGGACCAACUGCUAUCAUCAACUCGUGCAUAUUCUAUUGCAACCAGAAAUCAAAGUAUGGCUGCCCAAUGCUAUAAUGCGGGUCCAACGAUGUCUCAAAGCAAUAUUUUGACAAACAGUAUGGGCCAUGUUGUUCCACCACUGCCUCUACCUCCUGCAGGCAGUACAACACCAGUAAUUGGCUCAUGUAUGACAACUGUGUACAAUCCAAUGACCAAUGGCAAUGAUAUGUCACACUCAAAUCAAAUUCGUCAAUUGUAUGGUCUACAUGCUAUUAACAAUAGCCAAGCCCACCAACAGUUGCAGCAACGGCAGAUACAACAGCAUCAACAACAACAGCAACAGAUAAUGACUACUCCUCAAACUCAGCAGUCAUAUAGAAGGCAACCCGUGUAUGGUCGUUUCACCAACACUCAACAGCGUAACACCUUGAGAAAUGUUGGGACCAUUGGAAUAACUAUUUCCACUGAAAUCAUUGACUUAUCAACUCCACCAUCUAGCCCUGUUCAUUCAACUGUACAAGAGACUUCUGUCCACCCUAAUGUUGGAUGGGAAUUUACAAGAAUACCUAAUCAGAUGUGGACACAGAGCACAUUAAGUAGCGCAUACAAGAUCCAAAAAAUGACACUUCAAGGACAAACAAUCCACUGCAUAAACGCCAAACCUUAUAUGUAUUCAGAUUUGAUGGUAACCUUAGAUGACCUAGUUCAGAUGGUGUUACCUACAUGCACUGUUGCGAGAUGCGCUCACAUCUUGAGCAAAUACUUAAAAACAACGAUAUUCAGUGGCAAUUUUGAGCAAUUAGCCGUAUUGCGAGAUAAUGGACGUCUCAGGUCAAUGUGGCCAGAAGACACGCCGAUGGCCAUGCUGCAAGACAUAGCUCGAGUGUUUCUGCAGUUAAGGACAUUGGUGUUGCAAGAUGAACAAUACAGCAAUUAUACCAAUAUGCGGAUGUGCCAUCAAAGAGACAACGCAACAUCUAAGAAUGGGCAAGGUAUGGCAGAAGCUGACCCAGCUAGUGGUAGACAGCAGUGGUGGUGUCACUAUCCCCCUACAGCCAUCACUGGUUGGUACCCUCCGACAGCUACAAUUGGCCUAACACCGGUGCCAGUCCGCAUUACCCACUUAACUUACUGAUGCAUAAUGUCUACCAGAACCAAAGCAACUGCCCUCCUCCCCUUUCCGUACAUGUAAAAACUACUACCACAGCAUAAGUAAUCUGUGUCUCUAUGAAAUUUACUCUGAUCGUCAGUUUUGAUUACCUCAUUAAUUUAUAAAUCUUUGAGUAUUAUUAUUAUUUAUUAUUAAAUGAAAUCCUAUCAAAUUAAGAUUAUGUCGAACAACUAUGAGAUUCUAAUUCUGAAUACCAAUAUAUUAUAUUAUUAUACUUUGGUGUUUUGUUCCUAUAAAUAGUACGUAUACAUUGAUAUACAUAAUGAUAUGUACUAACAAAAAAAAUAUUUAUGUACCCGAAUCCGUGUC